AUGGAAGAGACCCAGCCACCAGAGAUCGAGGCAGGGAUGGCAGAGACGCAGCCACCAGAGAUCGAGGCAGGGAUGGAAGAGACCCAGCCACCAGAUAUCGAGGCAGGGAUGGCAGAGACGCAGCCACCAGAGAUCGAGGCAGGGAUGGAAGAGACCCAGCCACCAGAGAUCGAGGCAGGGAUGGAAGAGACGCAGCCACCAGAGAUCGAGGCAGGGAUGGAAGAGACGCAGCCACCAGAGAUCGAGGCAGGGAUGGAAGAGUCCCAGCCACCAGAGAUCGAGGCAGGGAUGGAAGAGACGCAGCCACCAGAGAUCGAGGCAGGGAUGGAAGAGUCCCAGCCACCAGAAAUCGAGAUGUAUUUUAUACAGGUAACGAAUGCCAAGAGUGUGCAAAGCUGUCAUCAAGGCAAAGGGUGGCUACUUUGAAGAAUCUCAAAUAUAAUCAUUAAAAUGUCCAUCACAAACACAUUAGAUGCAGUUUAUCAUAGUGCACUACGCUUUAUUACAGGCGACAGGUUAAGUACACAAAAGUAGGCUGGCCCUCUCUUAAAUCUCGUAGAUCAAUGCAGUGCUCUAUUUUCGUUUAUAAAACCCUGUUGUGCAAACUUCCGCCAUACUCCAGACAUACAAGUCGCCAGUCCCGAUCACAGAGAUGGUUAAUUUUAUAGUUCCGGUUGAUCAGUACAGAAAUAAGUAAAUCUGCAUUCAGUUUUUUUUGCGCCCAGUGUAUGGAAUGAUCUGCAGAGCUCUCUGCACCCUGAUGCUCUGUUGCCUCUAGGGCAGUUCAAGUUGUUAUUGAGGAAUGUGUUUUCUUCUUAAAUAGUUUGUAAUAUUGUAUAUUUUUAUAACAACUGGUUGAUGAUUGUAUUAGCAUUUAUUGAUUAUAUUUCAUAUGUAUUAUGUGUAUUUUAUGUAUUACAGGAUCCAUUUAAAAUAGAGACCUGGAUCUCAAAAUGACUCCCUGUUUAAAUAAAGGUUAAAUAAAAUGGUAUGGUGGUGUUAAUAUUUUUGUAGGCUGUCUUGUUUAUUUUCAUUGACAUAUUUAUUUUGAGGGUAUCCUGUAGUUUUGCUGUUGAUGUAUUUUCUUUUUUGAAGUAGCUUUUGUUUGAGUCGUUUAUAAGAAAAAUACAAAUAUAUAUUUUAAAUUAAAUUGAAUACAUGAAUGAUCACCGAACCUGUCUGAAUUCCAUUCAUUAUCUGGACCUAAUUAUACAAUGGUCAAUGUGCUAUAAUUCAGUCAAUAGUUGAUGUAUUGUUUUAUUUUAUUAAAAAGCAUUGAGUAUCUUUUUCCAGUUUCCAGCCGUUUAUAA